AGGGAAUUGGAGAGCUUGGCUGAACCCUGGAGGAAGAACACGCAGAUAACCGUGAUGAGCACCAGACAGGCACAAAGAACUGUGAAGCUUGUUUUCUUUCUUUCCGUCAUUUAGUGUGUUUUGCUAUCUCUUCUAAUUACAUCCAGGUAUCUUUGGAUCUCUGGACGGUCUCUGUGCCACAAGACCGGUGUUGCUUCAGACCUCCGCCCUUUUUUUUGUGACAAGGAGGUUUUCUAGAUUUCACACCUCAGUUGGUAGAUGUUCUGUCGGGCAGCACGAAAAGUCCUCUUGACGUACGCGGAUGAACUGCGAUGACACGGGGAACUUUUUGUCGCAGACACUGAUGACAUUUUCUCUGCAGCACUGUUCUUUAACAAAAAAAAUGCAUCAAAACCAGGAGGAGCAGUCGGUAAAUUCCAGCAGCGCACAGCCGCCAGGACUCCGCGGUGACAGCAGCUUGGGCAGCGGCCCCACGGAGCUCCAGCCGCCGGCUUACUCCAAGCUGGAGUUCAGCAGGCACGCAGUGACAGAAGACUACAAAAUCACCGCUCAGGUUCUCGGCCUGGGCAUCAAUGGCAAAGUCCUGGAAUGUUAUUGCGAAGAAAACGGGGAGAAAUGUGCGGAGCAGAUCCUGUACGAUACUCCUAAAGCCAGACGGGAGGUUGAGCUGCACUGGCGAGUGUCCGGAGGUCCCCACAUUGUCCGAAUACUCAGCCUGUAUGAGAACAUGCACCAGGGAAAGAAAUGUCUCCUCAUCGUAAUGGCGUGUAUGGAGGGAGGGGAGCUGUUCAGUCGCAUUCAGGCCAGAGGGGACCAGGCCUUUACAGAGAGAGAGGCGUCGGAGAUCAUGCAUGACAUCGGCACGGCCAUCGAGUACCUCCACCUCAUGGACAUCGCUCACAGGGACGUGAAGCCUGAAAAUCUGCUCUACACCACCAAGGAGAGCAACGCCGCGCUGACGCUGACGGACUUUGGCUUCGCAAAGGAGACGACUCUGCAAAACUCCCUUCAAACUCCCUGUUACACUCCGUAUUAUGUUGCCCCAGAAGUGCUUGGGCCAGAGAAAUAUGACAAAUCAUGUGACAUGUGGUCUCUGGGCGUCAUCAUGUACAUUCUAUUGUGUGGAUUCCCUCCGUUCUACUCAAACACAGGUCAGGCCAUAUCUCCUGGCAUGAAGCAGAGAAUCAGGUUGGGCCAAUAUAAAUUCCCCAACCCCGAGUGGGCUGAGGUGUCGGAGGAAGCAAAACAGCUCAUCAUUCAGUUACUGAAGACGGACCCCAAUGAGAGGAUGACCAUCGGCCAGUUCAUGAGCCAUCCCUGGAUAAGUCAAUCGAUGGUGGUCCCUCCAACCCCCCUCCACACCUCUCGUGUUUUGACAGAGGACAAGGAGCUGUGGGAAGAUGUGAAGGAGGAAAUGACCAGCGCUCUGGCAACGAUGCGCGUCGACUACGACCAGGUCAAGAUCAAGGACCUGGACACGUCCAACAACCCUCUGCUCAACAAGAGACGCAAGAGGCCGGGGCCUGGAGGAGCUGACCGAGCAGGAGAGGAUGCAGGAGUAGAGGAGGUGUAUAACAGCCUCUGAGAAGUCACGGCAGUAGUACAGCCGUUGUCCCAACAACAUAUCACUGAUUGUAUUUGAUGUACUUUUACUCCUUCUUUGUAUCACUGCCCUCAAUAGUCUAAUUAAUGUUGUUUGUAUUUGUUGUUACCACUCUUAAGAUUGAGAAUAAAAUGCCUUUUUUAGAGUUUCAA